AUGUCAAACACAAGCGACAGAAGCACUGAAUCAGAAGACGGAGAGAUUGACAGACAUAUGAAGACAUCGCUGAAGAGGAGCGGCGAAAGGGGUGGCGAAGGAUAUCGACCACAAUAUGAGUCCAAACACAGAAAGAGACACAAAAGCCAGAGUCCGGACUUACAGUAUGUCUCCGAUGAGAACCACUCGACUCCCGAUCGCGAAGAAUACGAAGAGGAAGAAGAAGACGACGAGAUGUUGGACGAGACCAAUGAGGAAGGGCUCGAUAUAAAGCCGCCGCAACACAAGGCGUCCACUUCUUCCCGGCAUAAGAACUAUUCGGUUGAUUAUAAUUAUAGAAAUACUUCCGACAAGUCUUUGAAUCGAUCGGCAAAAGAAGCGCCGUUUGAGAGACCGAAAGACAGACAUCGAGACAAACACCGCAACAGAAGUCGAUAUUCAGAUAAUAGGAGCGCAAAAAGUGAAGAAGACUUUAGACGCCGGCGACGGGAAGACGAGACCGAAGUAAACGUGAAUCCAAACAGAAGUCGAAACGCCGAAAAACAGACACUUUCCGAGCGAUGGAUGGUUUUAGACGAGAAGAAUAGUUCCAGCGAUAACUGGAGGUCUAAAUCGAGUGAACUGACAACCAGUCGAUCGCAUAAACAAAGGCAUAACAAAGAGUUAGAGCCGAGUCGUGAGAGAUCACGAAAAUCUCCACAAAUGGACAAAAGUGUGCCUAAAGUAAUGGACUCUUCAAACACGUCAAACAUAUUGUCAACGGUUAGUGUGAAACAGACGGCAAAGAAGUUGAAUGCAAUGCUUGAGGUCCAAGAGGUGGAGAUGAGUGAAGAAGAGAUGGUUAGCGAUGAACACAGUGUUGAUAAAAGUACUGAUAGAAGUGAUGUCUCGGAAUCCGAUGAUAACGAACCACAAGAGGCAGAAGAAGCGGAACAAGAGAUACAAGAAGAUUAUAAUGUGAUUAAAGAUAACAAAAGCGAUGAUAAUAUCCCGCGGAUUGUUGUCGAUCACGACGUGGUUUACUAUUCGGAAUCAAAUGUCGUCGAAAAGAGUGCCAAAAGUGGCGACGAAUUGGAAGAAUUAGGUGACGACAUGAGCGACGAUUUGCCCGAUUAUUAUCCGGCAAUACAGGGCUGUCGUAGUGUUGAAGAGUUUCAAUGCAUUAAUCGCAUAGAAGAGGGAACGUAUGGAGUGGUGUACAGAGCGAGAGAGAAGCGGACCAAUGAAACGGUGGCUCUGAAGAGGUUGAAGAUGGAGAAAGAGAAGGAAGGCUUUCCCAUCACUUCGUUGCGCGAAAUCAGUACUCUAUUGAAGGCACAGCACGAGAACAUUGUGGCCGUACGCGAGAUUGUGGUCGGAUCUAAUAUGGAUAAGAUAUUCAUUGUCAUGGAGUUUGUCGAACACGACCUCAAGAGUCUGAUGGAAACCAUGAAACAGCCCUUCCUGUUGGGCGAAGUGAAGACUUUGAUGCAACAGUUGCUGCGAGCUGUGGCUCAUCUGCACGACAACUGGAUUCUUCACCGCGACUUAAAGACAUCCAAUCUGUUGCUCAGUCACAAAGGGAUACUCAAAGUGGGAGACUUUGGUUUGGCCCGAGAGUAUGGCUCACCUCUCAAAGCGUACACUCCUAUUGUGGUCACCCUUUGGUAUCGUUCGCCGGAACUCUUACUUCAGACCAAACAGUACUCCUAUCCGAUCGACAUUUGGUCCGUCGGAUGUAUUUUUGGCGAAUUCUUAACAAUGAAGCCAUUAUUCCCGGGAAAGUCUGAAAUCGAUCAGUUGAACGCCAUUUUCAAAGACUUGGGAACGCCUAACGAUAAGAUAUGGCCCGAGUAUUCAGAGCUGCCGUUAGUCAAGAAAGUGACGUUCGCUGACCACAAGUACAACAAUAUGGCCAACCGUUUGGGACAAAAGCUCACGAAAAAGGGCUUCGAUCUACUCAAUCGAUUCCUCACUUACUGUCCGAGUCGUCGAAUCACUGCUGAAGAGGCGUUGAAACACGAGUUCUUUAACGAGAGUCCGCUGCCGAUCGACCCGUCAAUGUUCCCGACGUGGCCCGCGAAGAGUGAACAGUCGGGUAACUCACAGCCCCGUAAGGCUCACAGCCCUAAACCUCCGAGCGGUGGCAAACAGUUCGCCAAACAACUGGCCGGCGAUGACUACGAGAAACUCAUUGAAGGCCAGGGCUUUCACAUGAGUUAUGCCGCUCACGGAAAUGCAUCCAAAGGCGGAAGUCGAUGA